AUGUUUAAUACAUUAUUAUAUUAUCGUUCGACAUAUCGAUUAAUUGUUGUGAAACGUUUUGUUGCUCUCAAAUCUGAUCGUGAACUCGACGCUCAAAUAAAAUCAUUCAAUGACAAGAAACAAUUUAAAAAAACAUUGGAAUUAUUUGAUAAAUACAAAGAAAAUGAUGUUAAAAAUUUAUCCAGUUUCGUAAUCAAUCAAGCUUUGAAAGCAUGUACAGAAAUGCGUGAUCUUCAACGUGGAAUGAUUAUUCAUCGUCUCAUUUCCUCUCGUAUAAAAACUGAUUCUUAUAUAACAGGAUCAUUAAUUCAUCUUUACAUGCAAUGUGGUGACGUUCUUCGUGCUCAAUCGAUUUUUGACAUGUCAAAAAACAAGACAAUUGUCAUGUAUGGGGCAAUGAUGAAAGGUUACAUAAACAACAAUAUGGCGAAAAAAGUCAUUGAUCUUUUCAGUCAAAUACGAAAUCCUCAUGAAGUUAUUAUAACACUCUUGUUUAAUGCAUGUGCUCAAUUACAAACUGCUCAUGCAUUAAAUUUAACAAAAAAAGUUUCAAAAGAAAUUCCAAAAUCUUUUUUUUCGAAUCCACAUCUAUUAACAUCUUUAUUAGAUGCAUUUAUGAAAUGUGGUGAUGUGAGCAGUGCCGAAUCAUUAUUCAAUAAUUCUAAGGAGAAAUCAUUCGAAAAAAAUCCAGAUUAUCGGUGGUAUUUACAAGAUGAUGAAAUUAAUCGAACAAAAGAAAAUGAUGAAUUAAGUGCUAAUGAUAAAGUAGUAUUCGAAAAAGCUAUUGAAUUUCUUGAAUUAAGUAAUUGA